AGGAAUUUGAAAAUUAUAUAAGAGCCUUCACGGGGCGGCUGUUUUGAUAUAGCUAUUGCUCCAUCAUUGAGGCUCGUUUCGCUGCUCGUGACUACAACAAAAGAUGAAGACGUUUGCGUCCUACGCGCUGUGCGUUCUGCUUGCUGCCGUGUCGGUAACGGCGCAGCUGUCGAUGCGCGAGCUGACCCAAAUCACAGAAGAUUUCCGCGUCCGGUUUGACGAGCUGUACGACGACAAGGAUGGAUUCCUCGACCUAACCCGGGUACUGACGCGGGCCGAGCUGAAGGGGCUGAAUGAGGCAACGCUGGAAAAUCUGGCCAACGCGCGCAACGACAUCGAUGACCUGCUGACGGAAACGCGCGAGAAUAUUGCUGCGGCCAUCCUGGAGCCAAACGCGAACGAAGCGUGCCUGCUGGCGCUGGUCGAUACGGUCAUUGCAGAGGGACGUCGGGCGGGCGAGGGCAUGAGCGCCUGUGCCGCGGACAAGAUCACCAUCAAGGAAGGGCUCGGCGAUGAGUUCCGGGCACUGACAAACACGCUCCAGCGCAUCGCGACGGCUGCGUCCGAGUACACGCUGUACACGUUCGCCAUCCACAACUCGUUCACCGAUCCCGAGGACCAUGUGGAAUGGCUGGAGGAGAACUACGAAAAUCAGGUCACGUUCUGGGACAAUGUGGCCCGUCCAGAGGCGCAGGAAGAUUUGGACAAUCUUGAAAUCAACCGUCCCGCUCUGGUUGAGGAAAAUCGCGUCUGCCUGGCGGCAGUCGUUACCAGCCUUAACACCGCCAUGAACAGCGUUCGUCAGCAGAUCAACAGCUGUUAACUGGGACGACAGCAUCCCAUUUCUGCCCUCGAUUGUCCUUUGUCCCAUUUUUUUUUUUCAAUAGCACUGUACCCCUGUGUAUGUGUGUAAACGGUUAUAUACAAUAAAGCACGUAACGUAACAUAUAUGGGCUGGACA